UCCUCGCCAUCUUGUUGCAAAGCCUUUUCUUGUCGGCGGGACUCCUGGGGGCCGCGGGGCGGGAGGCAUCAGAAGGGAGGAAGAGAGGGAGGGGAAGGAGGGAGGCAGUGCCGCCUUUUUUUUUUUUUUUUUUGCAUCAGUUUUUUUUUUUUAAAUUCGCAAAUUACAUUUUGCAAACAUUUGGGGAGACAUUGAUUUUUCGCCCCGUGCUCCCCCCGUUCUUCCCUGUGGAGUGCGCUGCGCCGCCCAGUCCUGUCGCCCCCCGGAGGUGAUCCCUCCCUCCUGCCUGCCCGCCAGCCUGACCUGUGCCCGGCUCGCGGGCCGCAGUCUCGGCCCCGGCGCGCCCCCGGCGGCUCUCAGCGCGAUGAGCAUAGAGACGCUACUGGAGGCGGCCCGCUUCCUGGAAUGGCAAGCGCAGCAACAACAGAGAGCACGUGAGGAACAGGAGCGGCUUCGCUUGGAGCGGGAGCGGGAGCAGGAGCAGAAGAAGGCCAGCAGCUUGGCCAGGCUGGCCCAUGUGCUGCCGGUGGAGGAGCCCCGCAUCGAGGCACCCCCCUUGCCUCUGUCGCCACCAGCACCCCCACCAGCACCCCCGCCAGCCCUUGCCACCCCCACCCCACUGACUGUCAUUCCUAUUCCUGUAGUGACCAACUCCCCUCAGCCUCUGCCCCCGCCCCCACCACUACCCCCCACAGCCCAGCCUCUACCCCUGGCACCUCGCCAGCCAGCCUUGGUUAGUCCCCCUGGGCUCAGCAUUAAGGAGUCUGCCCCCCUUCCCACCAGGCCGCAGGUGCCCACUCCUGCCCCUCUACUGCCGGACUCCAAGACCACUGUUCCGCCCACUGGCAGCCCCAAGCCUCUGCAGCCCCUCCCCACACCCAUCCUGACCAUCGCACCACACCCUGGAGUCCAGCCCCAGCUGGCCCCCCAGCAGCCACCCCCAUCCACUCUUGGGACCCUGAAGCUGGCACCCGCUGAAGAAGUCAAAUCCAGCGAGCAGAAGAAGAGGCCUGGGGGAAUCGGAACCAGAGAGGUCCACAACAAGCUGGAGAAGAACAGGAGGGCCCAUCUGAAGGAGUGCUUUGAGACCCUGAAGCGCAACAUCCCCAACGUGGACGACAAGAAGACAUCGAAUCUGAGCGUGUUGCGGACGGCGCUGCGGUACAUUCAGAUGCUGGGCCUCCCUAGGCAGAGCUGUGGACCAGGAGGCAGGUGUGUUCUCCAACAGCCCCCGUCAGACUGGGCCUCUGGAGGUCAGUCCCUGAAGAGGAAGGAGAAAGAAUACGAGCAUGAGAUGGAGCGACUGGCUCGGGAGAAGAUUGCCACGCAGCAGCGGCUGGCGGAGCUCAGGCACGAGCUGAGCCAGUGGAUGGACGCGCUGGAGAUUGACCGCGUGCUGCGGCAGACGGGCCAGCCCGAGGACGACCAGGCCUCCACCUCCACUGCUUCCGAGGGUGAGGACAACAUAGACGAGGAUAUGGAGGAGGACCAGGCCGGCCUGGGCCCACCUAAGCUGAGCCAUCGCCCCCACCCGGAGCUGCCGAAGCCACCACCCAGCACCGCCCCUGCACCUCUGCCUCCCCACCCACACCCCCACUCCCAGCCCGUGGCCCUGUCUCCUGCCCACCUCCCUGGGCAGCAGCCGCCGCCACAGCAGAAGACGCCUCUGCCGGCCCCGCCUCCCCCGCCAGCUGCCCCAGCCCAAACGCUGGUGCCCGCUCCGGCCCACCUGGUGGCCGCGGCUGGGGGAGGCUCCACGGUCAUCGCCCACACCGCCACCACCCACGCCUCAGUCAUCCAGACUGUGAACCAUGUUCUCCAGGGGCCGGGUGGCAAGCACAUCGCCCACAUCGCCCCCUCGGCCCCCAGCCCCGCUGUGCAGCUGACACCUGCCACACCCCCCAUUGGCCACAUCACCGUGCACCCCGCCACCCUCAACCACGUGGCCCACCUUGGCUCCCAGCUGCCCCUGUACCCGCAGCCCGUGGCGGUGAGCCAGCCCGUGGCGGUGAGCCACAUCACCCACACCCUCUCACACCAGCAAGUGAAUGGCACAGCCGGGCUGGGGCCCCCAGCUACGGUCAUGGCCAAGCCAGCCGUGGGGGCUCAGGUGGUGCACCACCCCCAGCUGGUGGGCCAGACAGUGCUCAACCCUGUGACCAUGGUCACCAUGCCCUCCUUCCCAGUCAGCACGCUCAAGCUGGCUUGAGGAUGAGGCCACUCAGAGGCCCCCAGUGGGGGCAGGGAGGGAGACCUGUCCCCCACUCUCCCACCCACCAGCUCCACACAUUCCAGCCAGGCCCAGGCCCGCCCCACCCAUACCCACCCCCAGGCCUCCUAGGGGAAGGGGGUGCAGAGACUCUGAGCCAGGGGAGGGAGGGGCCUCCCCAGGGAGCUGGGCACGGGGCAGGGGGUUACCCCACUGCACUAGGACUUGACAAAGUGACGAGAGGCACUCUGGCAGAUGCGCCGCCUGUCCGGCCUGGUGCCAGCUCCAGUGCCAUCCCUGCCCCCCACCCAUCCCCUGAAGCCAGUGCCAUGUGGACGUCGUGUUCUCCCGCUCUCCCUGCCCUGCCCGCCUUCCUGUGCUGCUGCUGCUGCUAUCGCUGUGUCUGGUGAGGUGGCUGAGCGCCCGGGCCCGCACCUCUCAAGCCUCAGCCUUCUCUUCCCAGGGUUCUGGAGGGGAAAGGCGGGGCGCAGAACUGAAGCAACUGGGCCCAGAAAGCCAGGGACUGGGGGGGGGGGGGGCUGCUCUGAGUACAGGUGUGGCUCGUGUGGGGUCCUGCAGACUCCAGACAGGUGGGUGCCCCAGCCUGGAGUUCUCCAGCCUACUUGUAGUCUUUGUGACUCGUCACAGCAGACUAGUUAAGACAAUUCUCUACCAAUAGUAAACCAAACCCAAGCCCUUGCCAAGCUUCCCAAGCCCCCCAACCCUUUCCACUGGGCUCCUGACUUCAGGAGGGCAGGCUGAGGGUGGGGGCGGAGAAGGAGGGGCUUGGCUGUUUCCUCCUGCCCCCGCUUGACCUCUAGCCGGGUCUGGACUGAGAGGAGGGUGCUCUGGACCCUGUCCCCAUCCCUGGACUUGACUCUUGGCUUCCAGAGAGUAGAGAGGAGGCCUGGCCUCUGCUCGGUGCUGUGCACUCCCUGGAGGGAUGAGUACACCUGGAUGCCUCCUUGCUGCCUGGGAGACGGACCAGCGACUGGUCUGGAUUCCAGGAGCCUGAAGCCACUCUUGAGGUAAUCAGGAAUUUAAAAUCCAGGGUCUUGGCCCUGGGGACCUGCGAGGAGGGAGCAUGGCCCGACCACGGAGGCCUGUGGCUUCUGUCCCAACUUCUGUGUGUCUGGCACCAUCUUUUUUUCCUCUGAACAUCCCCCUGUCUCCAGUGGGCUGUUCUGAGCCUGCUCUCCCUAGUGGGGGCUGCUGUGUGCCACCGCCUUCCUGUGAGGAAAGGUCCUCCGUUGGACCAAGGGCAGGGUUGCGCUUGGGGUGGGGAGGAGCGAGGGGGCCUGUGUGUAGGGGACGUGGCUUUCCCUGCCUUUGCCUCAGCAGACCGCUUUGGCUUCUCUUUUUAUGUGGGUAUUUAUUACACGUGGCCUUGUGUCAGGUACACUCAGUUGCACAUGUGCACACUCGGCUCCCCACCUGGACACGCUCACCAAUGGCCUUUCAGAGAGUGUGUGUGGAGGGGGAAGGCCGUGUUCCUGGGGGUGAAGUUUGCAGUGAUAGGCUGGGGGUGGGGGGGGUGGGGAGUGUCCUGUGGGACGCUGAGGAGGCUGGCAAAGGUCUUGAACAGAUCGCGCCACCUAAGAACUCCCUUUCAGUUCCUUUCUGGUCCUGGAGACCUCCCUGGGGACUGUUUUCUUGUCUUCUGGGGUACGGAAAGGGAAGGCCUGUGGACACGUUAGAGGCUUCUAGGAGGGCACGCUGCCCCCCGCCCCGAAAGGCAGCUCUCACCUCACAAGCUUGCCGCCUUUCUGCGCCUGCAGCCAACACCACUACCACCCUGUUUUGGGGGGAGCUGGUCUCACUCUGCCUGGUGUGAUUAUGUUGGAAAGAGCAGAGGGAGAAGGGCAGGCCUGGCCCCCAGGAACAGUCAGAGAAGCACUGGCGAGCCACCCUCCUCUCAGCUCUGCUCACCUUGAAACUGUCCUGUUAGCCAGUCGCCCCUCGGGCCUGCACAGAUACCUCAUCCGCCCGCUGCCCCUGCCCCUCCCCACCCCCACGACAGCAGUGGGGGCCUCGGAAUCUAGUGCCGAAUGACUAUGUCCAGAUUGGUGACGAUGGGUGUUGUUGCUGUUGUUUUUGUUGUUGUUCGUGAACGCUGUGACGCUGUGUGCCCGAGAGGGCAGCUGCCACCCAGCCCUUCCUUGGGCAUCUCCCCUCUGAGAGCUGUCAGGACCACAUCUGUCCUCGCCCCGUGGGACCGCCUGCCCCUCCCCUCCCUAGCCCUUCCAGCCUGGGGGACGUGUGUGCGUGCAGACGCGUGUACACACACACACACACACACACACACACACACACAUACACACACACACAUCUUACCUCUCAUGUGUGUUUUACUUUUUGAUGUUCAGAGUGGCUCACUGGCUGGGAGUCUUUACCUCGGGGAGAGGGGGAGGUUGGUUCCUUGGGGGGCCAAAGAAGGGCAGGGAAUUCCUGGAAGGGAAUCAGGGGUCAUCAUAACCCCUGCCCUCUCCAGGAACAGCUUCUUCCCCCACCAUCCCAGAGCCCCACCCCCAUCCCCCAAAGAGGUGGCCCUUGUUUACAGUGAGGACUUGGUCACUGUGUCUCCGUUUCCUGAAAUAUAAAUCGUAGCGACCCCAGACUGUAGAGAUUUUUAUGUGUUUGGAUACAUCUGUGUUGGAAAAAACAAACAAAAAAAACCUACAAAAACCCUAAUUUUGUACAUAUUGUAUUUUUACUAUUGAACUGUAUUCUAGUGGCUGUUCAUGCUCCAAGACGUUAGGUAUUGAGACAUGAAUACUAUCCAUGUAAUAAGCACUUGCCUGGAAUAAAAUAUAAAAUUGAAAUAAACCUGCACUGAAACCCAAGAUGAAGCU